CCCAACUAGAGGGGAUCACACAGGUUGUCAUUGUGUCUACGUGAAACACGGGGUAUUCAGACAGUUCUCGGACUACGUUUACCAGAAUCUCAUCACAAGCAAGAUGGCGACCUCUCAGAAGCUAACGGAACAUUUCCUGACCUGUACAAUAUGCACAGAUGUGUUUGAUAAUCCCUGUACUCUUGUGUGUAAUCACACCUUCUGUCGAAAAUGUGUCGUCAACUACACCAAAACCAGACCAGAAGCCAUCAGUGCCAAGUCCCUCCUCUGUUCAUUCUGCAACAAGAUGACGAAAGUGUCUGCCCCUGAGAGGCCAGUGGAGGAAUGGGCGGAUGACGUCAAGCCAAUCUUUAUCAUCCAGGGACUCUUGGACUCGUUUGGUCCUGGAUCUAAAGAUACAGCCUCCUGCAGCUGCUGUAGAGAGGAAGAGGAGACAACUCCAGCUGUUGUUUGGUGCUCGGUCUGUGAUGUGGCACUCUGUGACAAAUGUACUGGAGCUCACAACCGCAUCCCGUCAUUAAGGAAACACAAAGUCAUUGACCUCUCCGGCGAGGUCAAGGUCGGAAGAACACACAAGGUGACAAGUAAAGAGCACAAGGACGAAACUAUUAAAUAUCUGUGUAAAGAUUGUAAGAAAGCUGUUUGUCAGACAUGCUGCACCAUCUACCACAGGAAAUGUGACUCGGUCGUCACACUCGAGUCGGAAAUGAUGGCUGUGAAGACAGAGCUGGUGAAGAUGAAAGAGACUUUGUCAAGGAGAAGACACAAACGAAAUACAGAGGUGCAGAAAAAGAAAUCAGUGAUGGCUGAAGAAAUAUGUCAACAUUCACAGACGGAAUCCGACAUCAAGUCUGCAAGUCUGAAGGCAAUACAAGGGAUAAAACUCAAGGAACAGAAACUUCUAGAUGAACUGAAAGAGAUGUCAGACAAACACAUCGGACAACUGAAGCCAGACAUUAAGUUAGGUGAGAUGUCAGUACAGGUGUAUCAACAACAGGCGGAGCUGAUAGACCAGGCUCUACAAUCUGAGUGUGACAUGGAUGUGUAUGAGAUGUAUCAGGGAUGUGAGGCAGGUUAUGUGGAGGCUGUCGGAGACGCAGAUGUGAAGGCGAGAGGAAGAACAUCCAAGGUCACAUUCAGACAGGACACGGACAAGCUGAGUAAAUCUCUGGACGAUCUACAGCUGGGUGAGAUAGAAGUCAUGUAUGAGGGUUUGAUGGACCUGAAGGCUACUCCUGUGUUACAGGACACCAUCAGCGUGCUGGACCUGAAGGCUACCCCUGUGUUACAGGACACCAUUGAUGUCAGAGUAGCAGGCGACAGUAACACACCAUGCCCGCGUGACGUGACAGUGAUGGUGGUGAAUGACACAGAUACAGUUGUAGUCACCGACUACAAGAGUGUGAAGUCCUUCUACACCAGGAAUAACCAGACACGUCACAGUAAACUCAGUCUGGGUUGUAAACCAUGGAGUCUGACAAAGUUGACACACAACCAGGUGGCCGUCACUGUCAGGAACAUCAAUCAGAUCGUAACAGUAGAAGUCAACCCUGACCUGGUGCUGCUGUCAACCAUCACAACCAGCAAACAGUACAUGGGCAUAACGUCCCUGACACCAUCAACACUAGCAGCUAGUUCCCAGUCUCCUCCCUGUGUUGAUAUCCUGGAUAUGACUGGAAACGUUCUGAGGUCAAUCAGUCCACUCCAAAAUAGUAAUAACAUCUUACGAUAUCCAAACUUCCUCUGUACCACGAGGACAGGAAACAUUCUUGUGUCUGACGCUGGAACCAAGUGUGUCCUGUGUCUGACCCCCGAGGGAGAUGUGGUGUUCACCUACAGCCCGACAGGAGACACAGCACUGGAGUUUCCCCAGGGUAUCACAAGUACCAGCACAGGUGACAUCCUGGUGACAGACUACUCUCUACACAGUGUCAUCCAUCUGACGGAAUCAGGACAGUUUGUCAAAAUCAUACUGACACAACAGGACGGUAUGAACCAGCCCCAGGGUGUGUGUGUAGACGGACAUGGCCACGUGUAUGUUUGUCUCAUUAGCGGAGUUAUUAAGGUGUUCACAUGUAACCACUGACAACGUGUGUUUGUGACAUAUAUAUGUGUAUAGAACUCUCUCAGGUUCCUGUCGUCUUUAGGAAGGAAUUCAUAAAAACCCAAACUGUAUGAUACUGAUUAUCCGCAAGUUGCCUUAUGGAUAACGAGAUGUAAUUUAGGCUAUCUCAGAGCUUUUUUUUGUGUCAACCUGUGUGGGGUGUGUCAGAACCUAGAAAAUUUGAAACAUUGCAAACCCAAAGUCACGGCAUAACCAAACGAUGUAUUUUUUGUGUGAAAAUAACUAAAUGCCUGUAGUAUUCUUUUCCCCGUUGACGGUCAUACAUGUGUUGAUUUUACUUGUAUGUGUUAUAAAAAGAUAUGUUGAAAGACCUAAAAUUGGAUCUGUAUCAAUAUAUUUUUAAAGUUC